AUGAAUACGUGUUCCAUUUCUUCAGAGCAACCACAGUCCUCUAUAAAGUUUCCUUUACAAACAAGGCAAACUGCGCGGGUGAUCAAUGGCGUACAUACCGAAACAUUAAUUACGGGUUUUCGGGAUAAAAUUCUUGUGAUAAUUACGCAAUAUGGGAAAAUUGGAAGUUUGGCCUAUGUAACAUUUGACUCGCUUUCAUCAAAAUCGCUAUCAUCGUUCUCUACAAGUACUACCACUAACAUUAAUUUUCUACUUGGUGGAUUUUCUUCUUUAUAUCAAUUAUAUGCAUUACACAUUGCUACUAUAAUAGCGAACGAAAAUCCCAAUGAUAGGCGGUCUGUGGUGAUAGGGUUAGCAUUAAAGAAUGCUGUCGAUGAUAAGGACGUUGAUAAUAAAGAACUGAUUGACUGCAUUGAAUUGAUGGUUAGGGAGUGUAAGCCCAUAUCAUCUCGAGCCAUAGUAGUUAGAUCGAGAACUAGUUUUGCUAAUGAAAUUGUAAAACUUCAACUGAUAUAUUUGUAUGGUUAUGGAGAGCUUGUCCGGAUUCAAGUUAAUGUUGCGGGCGAAACUAAUUUUGAACUUGUUGAAAUUAAUUCAUCCGCAUUUAUGAUCAACGAAUUGACUUUUCACAUCCAAAAUUCGUUAUCUCCUUCAUAUGCAUCUAUCCUGUCGAUUGGAAACCAUUGCCAACAUAAAUCAUUAAAAGUAUUAUCUGGUACCGCAAGAGAUUGGAUAGUAGUUGAAGGGAAAUGGUGA